AUGGUAUCUUGCGGCGGCGCGGGCGAUGACGGCGGGCACUCACGGCCGGCGGGGGUUUAUGACGACCUGGUGGAGGUGCGCGAGCACGCGGCGACGCUGCAGACCAUGCUGCAGGGGUCGCCGAGAGUGUCGGCCGUGGACGCGAGGGAGCUCGUGAAGGGGAUGAUGGCCAAGCUGUCCAGCGCUAUGUCGGUGUUGGGCACCACCGGCGGCGGCGUGGAGGCGUCUUCCGGGGCAGUCUGGGGACCGGGUGGGAGGAAGAAGAGAUCAGGCAUGGCAUCCGGCCCGCACCGCCGGAGCACCUCCAGGAGAAGGUCGAAGAGCCCUUUCAUCAACAUGGUCACUGCUAGGACGCUCAACGAUGGCAAGACAUGGAGGAAGUACGGCCAAAAAUAUAUUCAUGCCUCUACUAACCCGAGGAGCUACUACAGGUGCUCUCAUAAGCCAGACCAGGGCUGUCAGGCCACGAGGCAGGUCCAAGAAUCCGACUCCAACCCAUCGGAGUACAUCAUCAGCUACUACGGCCAGCACACCUGCAAGGACCCCUCCACGUUCCGAUCACUCGUCAUCCAAGGCGCCGCCGACGCUGCCCCGCCAGCAGACUGCUCAAACCUCAUCAGCUUCACAACGAUCAAUGGCGCGGCUGCGAGCACGAGCACUUUUGCUCAUCGUCUCGUGAAAGAAGCGGUUGAUCUUCAUCCGAUGCUUUCCUACCGCUUCUCCAACUACAGCUCCUCGCCACCGGUGCAUGAGGGUGUCUCCAGCGGCUUGCUGUCGCCGGCUGGCCACGGGAAGUUCAUGCAGUACGCCGGCGGGCAGCUCGUCGACGUUAUUGGCCGAAGGACGUCGCCGUUGACCGUGGGAUCAGCUCCGGCGGAGUACUGGCCGGUGGUGGGAGUCGCCGGCGUCGACACGAACGCUGGCGCAGGCAUGGACAGCUUCCCUUCCUCGCCGAGCAGCCUCGGGUUCAUGUCGGGAUCGUUAGGGGGGUCAUUUGGCAAUAAUAUUGACGACGACGACCUCUUCGGCUUCGAUUCCUGACCAAGGUCGUGUACCCAUACAUACGGAAAAAAAUCUGGUACGACCGGGUCGCACGAGGCCAAACGGGAGACCACCUCGCGCGCAUGACAUCUGGCGUACGAAUCUCAACGCAGCGUUCGCCUGGCUUCCAGCCCAGCCCACCCCACUUCCGUUUCCCACGCCCCACGCCCCGUCCUUUCAGCUUCUAAUCUGUUUCAUCUUCCAAAACGAAAAAACUCAUCUCCGUCUCUUCCAACUUGCCGGCGACGGCGUGCCAAGAUGGCGCAGCCCGACGAGGGCAACGAGGCACUGGAUCGGGAGACCACCUCUCUGCCCACGGCUACUCUA